AACAGAGAAGAUAACCAUGGAUGCCCCAACAGUUGUUGCGGAGGCUUCACUGGCUACUAUGAACAAGGCCAAUGCGGCAAAGUGCCGGGCGUGCCUCUCGGUGAACCGGAAAACCGUCGCUCUGGACGCUGCGGUACCGAAUUUGCAAAAAUCUCGAACCUAUGGGCAAAGCCUGAAGCAGUGCACCAACAUGGACAUGCAGAUUAUGAGCCCCGGCGGCUACUUAUGGCCAAAGCAGAUCUGUGUUCGCUGCUGUCGCGCCCUGGAGGUGGCUAUGCACUUUGUGGAGAUGGCUCUGGACUCGAAUCUCAAGCUGUACGCGGAAGCCAAGACUGUGAAGGUACCUAGCCCCAGUCCCACGGGUGAGCUGAAGCGUAAAGCUAGCAGUGAAUCGUUGCACUGGAACCAAUUCAGUCAGGAGUUCGAGCAGUUUGUGGAGAGCUACGAGGGCGCGACGACGGGUCCCAUCGAGGAGAAUGUCCUCUACAUGCGGGGAGCCAAAGUGCCGCGUUUGGAUGCAGAUGCUUCGGCCAAUAAAAGGACACCCAAAGAAGACGAAGUAAUUCUAUUCGAUGUCAAGUACGACACAAACAAUCUUGAGGAGGAAGAUGAGAACGACGGCUCCGAUGCCAAGAACAGCGAAACCUUCUUUGAGAGCAGUAUUACAUCCGAAAACGGAAGACACAACGCUGUUUUAGCCACUCCAGCAGAAAGCAGGAAUGGCGAAAAUAAUAACAAUUAUACAUUUAAUAACAAAAACGGGAAAGUAUCGGAUCUCCUGCCAGAUGUGGAGCGCGAACUUAUACAACGCGCUUCGUACAUGACACUCGACGAUAAUGACAGUAGUACAAAAAAGGAAAAGGUCUCAAAACGUAAGCCGGUAAUACAAAAUGAUGUAAAAUUUAUGGAUAAAUUGUUCUCUUUUAGCCUCCGAAAGCCAAUCCUGCCAGAGGCAACGGGCAGUCCGACCAGUGGUAUUAUUAACACUAACAUACCCAUUCUUAAAUGCACAAUUUGCCAAUAUACCCAAACGGAUGCCAAACUUCUAAGAAGUCACUACAAAAGUAUUCACAAAAUAUACAUGGCGGAAGAUGACAUAAUUGGGUUGAACAAGAAUCAAAGUUUCAAGUGCCGUCCUUGCAAUAGUUUUGAGACAAAAGACAGGAAUGAAAUGCAGAGGCAUCUCAUCGACCAUCAUAAAAUAGAUGGUGACUUUGAAAUGUACUGCUACGUCCAGCAGAACUGUCCAGCUUGUGCGCGUAUCUUCAAAGAUCAGCGUUCGGCUCGAAAACAUUACACAAGAGUGCACACUCCCACACAGGUUGUGGUUGUUCCCACAGAGUCGUACAUCUGCAGUGUGUGCGAUAAGGUCUUCAACCAGAAGGCCAGCCUGCACAGCCACCAGCGUUUCUGCCAGGUGAAGGAUCCUGUCCACUGCACUUUCUGCGAGCAGCAGUUCAGCAGCGUUCGCAAGUAUGAGCUGCACUUGCAGCAGCUCCAUUCCGUGGAAACGUUGCACGAGUGUGAGGUUUGCCAUCGCAGCUUCAAGAGCGCCGACACUCUGGCUAUGCACCGAAAAAGACACUCGGAGCGCCACUUUCAAUGCGACAAAUGCUCCUUGAACUACGUGAACUCCGCAGAGCUGAGGGUUCACUAUGAGCGUGCCCAUGUGAACGAUGAACAAGUGAGCUGCCUUACCUGCGGCAACCAAUUCCAGAACUUUGCACUAAUGCGGGAGCACGAACAAAGGAGUCACCAGAAGCAGGUGUGGCGCUGCGAAGUUUGCAACUUUGAGGCGGCCUCCAGGUCACGGUGGCGUCAACACCAGUACGAGCACAUGGAAUAUCCUUACAAGUGUCAGAAUUGCACUGGCGAGUUUGCUGAUCGAAGCAAGAUUCGCCAACAUUCCAAGAAGGUGCAUGGCAUCGAGCUUACCGAUGAGCAGCUGGCUGAAAUGUUCCGAGAGAAAAAGGGCUACACCAACCGUCACGAUGCAUUUAAUAAGUCAAACAACUCCCUGGAAAUUCCAGACUUUACCGACGACUGUUUCGCCGAACUGAAGAGCCUGGGCGUUGACUACGACGACAUCACCACAGAUCUCUUCACCAAUUCCACUGCACUCGACAAGCUGUUGGACUUAAUUCCCUGAACUGAUAACCGAUCCGAAUACCCGUAGACUUAACCACAAAAAAAAGCUGCAUGAACAAUAGCUAACGAGAGCUAGAAGACUGUCACCACAUUGAAAAUCACCAGAACACUGCACCUCACUUAAACCGACUACAUUGCUCAGAAGACUUAGACCAAAUUGUAGAAUACAUAUUAUUUGUAUCU